CGCCCCCGAGUGGCGCGCUCGCAUUCUCGAUUUAAUUUAGUGAUGCACCCAUUUAAACUCGCGAACAAUUCAAAAGUGAAUCUUGUGUUAAAUGUAUCAAUAUCUAAAUUAAACUAAUCACAAGCAGUCGCCAUGGGGGAUCUGUUCAGGAGCGAGGAGAUGGUGCUAUGCCAGCUGUUCGUACAAUCAGAGGCCGCUUAUGUGUCCAUGUACGAACUGGGCGAAGCAGGAAUAGCACAGUUCAGAGACUUGAAUCCCCACGUGAACGACUUCCAGCGGCGCUACGUGUCCGAAGUGAGGCGAUGUAGCGAGAUGGAAAGGAAACUCCGGUGGGUUGCCGGGGAGUUGCCUGAACCACCGCCCCCGCCCAAAAUAUCUCCCAGCAACCUUAGUCCAAGGGAGAUUAAUAUAUUAGAAGAAAGAAUUGACUAUAUCGAAUCAGAAAUACAAGAAAUCACACGAAAUGCCCGCAACCUGAAGUCAGACUAUCUAUCUCUUUUGGAACUGAAGAUUUUAAUUGAGAAGACGCAAACGUUUUUCCAGGAUCAAAGUGCUCACAGAAAGAUCUCGGCGUCGGUCCAAAUAUAUAAUAAUGAAGGUGUAUUGGGGCAUUUGGGUUUCAUUGCUGGAGUCGUGGCGACACACAGAGUGCCUUCAUUCGAGAAAAUGCUAUGGAGAAUAUCACACGGAAAUAUUUUCUUCAAACAAGCACAUAUUGAGAAACCACUGAAGGACCCUGUUACAGGCCAUGAGUUACAGAAGACGGUUUUCGUGGUGUUCUUCCAUGGAGAACAGAUAAAACUGCGAGUUAAAAAGGUAUGCAACGGGUUCCAAGCCACGCUGUACCCCUGCCCUGCUACAUACAAGGACCAGCAGGAUAUGCUGGCGGGGGUCGAGACCAGAAUCAAGGAUUUGGAGAUACUUCAAAAUAUGUUCAGCAUGGACAUUGUGAAGAAGUGCCUUAUAGCAGAAUGCUGGGUACCAAGGCGGGAUCUCUACAUAUUGCAGAAGGCAUUGGAUUAUGGCUUAAUUAAAGCAAGCGGCAGUCCGAUUCCAUCGAUUUUGCAUUAUGUCCCUACCAAAGAAAUACCGCCGACGUUCAACCGAACCAACAAAUUCACUAGGGGCUUCCAGAACCUCAUUGAUUCCUAUGGAAUCGCCAGUUACAGAGAAGUUAAUCCAGCUCUAUACACGAUCAUUACAUUCCCCUUCUUGUUUGCUGUGAUGUUCGGUGACGUGGGACAUGGUCUGCUGAUGACUUUAUUCGCUUCCAUUGUUGUCUUAUUCGAGAAGAAACUGGCCAAAAAGAAGACCGACAACGAAAUCUGGAACAUAUUCUUCGGAGGACGCUACAUAAUUCUUCUCAUGGGCAUAUUCUCCAUAUACACCGGUUUAAUAUACAACGAUAUAUUCUCCAAAUCGUUAAAUAUAUUUGGAAGCAGAUGGAGGAAUGUGUAUGACAAUGAGACGCUGUUGAAUAAUAAAAUGCUUGAAUUAGAUCCAGCAGAGGCAUAUAGUCAGACACCGUACCCUUUCGGAUUGGAUCCUGUUUGGGAGUUCGCCGCAAAUAACAUAAUAUUUUUGAACUCGUUCAAAAUGAAGCUGUCCAUUAUAUUUGGGGUGAUACACAUGGCGUUCGGUGUGACAAUGAGUGUGGUAAACUUCAAUUUCUUCAGGAGAACGGAGCUGAUAUAUCUACAGUAUAUACCCCAAAUUUUAUUUCUGCUGCUGUUGUUUUGGUAUUUAUGUAUACUCAUGUUUAUGAAAUGGACCAUGUAUUCAGCUAUAUCAACAGAUCCAGCAUACGGCACUUCUUGCGCCCCAUCUGUCCUCAUAAUCUUCAUCAACAUGAUGCUGCUGAAGGAGACAGAGUCCAAACCUCCGUGCAGAGCGCUCAUGUAUGAUGGACAGGACGCCCUGCAGAAAACAUUCUUGGUGAUUGCGUAUAUUUGUGUACCGAUAAUGCUGUUCGGGAAACCGGUGUAUCAAAUGAUGGCAGCUAAGAAACGGAAGCAAUAUCGUCAAGGCGUAGAGAGCGGAGAGGUCGACGAGCAUGACGACGAGCAUGACGGCGGUAUGGGAGAAGUGUUAAUCACACAAGCCAUACACACGAUAGAGUACGUGCUAGGCACUGUGAGCCAUACGGCAUCAUACUUACGACUCUGGGCACUUUCAUUAGCUCAUGCACAGUUAUCGGCCGUGCUGUGGCAGCGAGUGUUGCGCAUUGGCCUCAGCGGUGGGUCACCAGUCAACUCUAUUGCUUUGUUCGUGAUAUUCGCUAUAUGGGCGUUCUUCACUCUUGCCAUACUGGUGCUCAUGGAAGGACUGUCUGCCUUCUUGCACACUCUGCGAUUGCAUUGGGUGGAAUUCAUGAGUAAGUUCUACGAAGGUCACGGCUACGCCUUCGCGCCAUUCUCAUUCUCGGCAAUCCUCGAGAAUGAUGACGAGGAUCCACCGGCUCAAACCAACGGCGCCCCGCCCGAGUGAUACGAGCUCACUAGUCUACAAGCUAGCAAUAAUUAAGCCAGUUAGGGAUGUGACAUUCUAUGUAAAAUCGAUUAUUUUGUAGACAUUAUCGAUUAAAUAUAAAUAGAUUUACAUUGAAUAAUAAUCGAUUAUUUUUUCAUAUCUAAAUUUUAGUGCCUUUGUUUGGCGUACUUGUUUUUUUUAAUUUUGGUCAAUUUGUAAUAUAAAAGAAGAAUAAAAUAUUCUAUUUAAAAAUCUAUUAAUAUAUAUUAAAAUCGAAAAUUUCUUUUUCUAUUAUCGACUAUUUUUCACAUCUCUAUAGCCAGUAUCUUCUAGGACUUUCGCAAGUCAAACUACUUCUAGAAUUUAAGACUACUUCAAUAAUUCAAUUUUUUUUUAUAUUACAUGUAAAUUUUGGUUACGAUCUAGUGCCAUAUAAGGUACAUUCCUGUUUGAAUGUACCUUAUAUGGCACUAGAAUGUAACCAAAAUAUUUUUUUAUAUAACAACAACCUGUAGGGAUUCUAGACAUACACAAUUUCUAGAAAAUUAAUUUAAAAACGAAUCUGAAUUUUUGUAACCACCUCAUUUAAAAAUUAAACGAAGUUUUUUGUAUGUUCUUCUUUAGCUCAAAAGCACUCCGAACUGACGGUAGAUUUGACAUAUCAUAAGGAUCUGUAAUAGACCUACAUUAAUAAAGAGCUAUCAUAAUUAUAUACAUAUAAAAAAUAUGUUGUUUUAAGUGAGUACUUUUUACAUGUAUUUAAU